UUAACUAAUGUUUGGCUGGAUGUUGUAUUAUGGCAUUUGCUAAAUAAGUGUCUUUGUAGUUUGUAGCUAAUAUUCAGUUUGUCAAAGCUAAGUAAUGUUUAAUUUGAAGCUAAUUAUUUAAUUUGGCCUGUUUAUUAAACAUUUAGUUUGAAGCUGUGACAUUUCUAAAUGAAUUAAUAACUUGGUAAAAACAUGACUUCAAAGUGAAAUGAGAGAAUUUAUCCUGUUUUAUAACUCAGAUUAUUUCUGACCAGCAGCUCAUUUUCAUUUUGCUGCUGAUGUAAUUUUGUGGUUGAUUCAAUGAAGCCGGAGGUUUGAUGCCUCUAGUUUCCUCUCAUCCUGAAAGUCGUGACGUUGUUAAAGGUGUUCACAGUGGAGGAGAUGAUGCCUCACCUGCAGGACGUGAGCGGCGCCGUCACCAAGAACCUCUUCCUGAAGGACAAGAAGAAGAAAGGCCUGUGGCUGGUGUCGGCUCGCCACGACCGCCAGGUGAACCUGAACGAUCUGGCCAAGAAGCUCGGUGUCGGCAGCGGCAACCUGCGCUUCGCCGACGAGGCCGCCAUGAUGGAGAAACUCAAGGUGGGUCAGGGCUGCGCCUCGGCGCUGGCGCUGCUGUUCGACUCGGACCGGAGCGUGCGGCUGGUUCUGGACCGGGACCUGCUGGACGGCGGCCAUCAGCUGGUCUACUUCCACCCCAUGACCAACAGCGCCACCAUGGGGCUGCGGCCGCCGGACCUGCUGCGCUUCCUCAGGGAGACGGGUCACGAGCCCGUCCUGGAGAGCUUCGACUAGCAACCACCCGGUUCUGGUUCUGGUCCUGGUUCUGGACUAGGUGUCAGCAGCAGCAACCUGCGCUUCGCCAUGAUGGAGAAACUCAAGGAACAUCUCAAAAUGUUCCGUCUCAGGUUGGGAGUUGGAGGAAGCAGAACUCUUUAACACGACUCCUGAUGGUUUUAGUUUGGUUCUAAGAACUUCAGCCUGAGGUCCAGAAACCCGACUUGGACCUCCAGGUUCUGGUUCUGGUUCCGUCUUCGGUCUCAUUCUGUCUCUGGUUGUCAGCAAUCUCACAGAUGAAUGUCCAGUUUUUAUUAAAACCCGUCCACAAAGACGAUCCGUCCGCAGAACCUGAUUAAAACCCAAACUGAAGCAAAAUGCCUGAUGGACCCGAUUCCUCCAUCGGGUCCAGAACCGAGCUGCAGGACCAGAACCCGGUCCAGGUUCUACUAGAACAUCCAGAAAGAUGAACGUAUUUCAUAAAGGUUCAGAAAGUCAUCCUGCAGAUCUCUGGUGAGAUAAACCCAGAGUUUCUGCUGUUGAUUCAACCGGCGCCGCGAACUGCAGCUCCCCCUGCUGGAGUCAGUGAGGUACUGCAGAGGAACCGGGCCGAACCGGAUCCUGUUAUUAAUCCUCAGUAUUUCUCUAACAUUUGAGUCAAACAUGUUCAUAAAACAAGCAGCAGUUUCAUGUAAUCUGAUCAUUAAAAUCAGUUCAAACUGAACAGAAACCAGUAAAAACCCAAAGAGUGAAGAAACAAACUUAUUUAUUAUCAAGUUCUGACAGAAACAAACAAAUUAUAGUAAAUAAAGAGAAAGAGGAAAAACAAAUGAAUUCAAUAAAACAAAAUAUUUAUACCAAAGGAAACUUAAAUAUUGCCAUAACUCUCCUGACGUGCUAACAGCUAACAUCCAGCCAGCAGUAGCAUUAGCAGAGCCGUUAGCAGCUCUGCUAAUCCACCUCCUUUGCUUUUGCUUCUCCUCUAAAUCUCACUGACCGUCUGGUUAGAAGGAUGUUGGAGUAGGAGAUAAGAUGAACUUCUCUCUCUGCAUCAUCUCCUCUGGGGUCAAAGGUCAGUCACUGUUGGGGCUUUUGAGAUGCUAAUCAGCUGCUCUGGGUGCUAAAAACAAAACGCCGUUGCCAUGGUUACGCAUCAUAACAACAGUCUGAAUGUAAAGAGUGAAAAUCCUUCCAGCUGCUCAGCGUCCAGAACCACAGAGAAGAACGGUCUUAACCAGAACCAGCAGAACCGGUCCAACACGCCGCCACCGGGGGCGCUGUUCUGGAAAACCUGACCGGAAACAAAACAACCUGAGUGAUGAAGAGAACUGGGUUAUAAGAUGAGACGGAAUGAUGCUGCAGGUUUUAUUCAUGCUGGAUAAACCAGAACCUGGUUCUGAUGAGGCCCAUUUAGACUAAAGCAAAAACUUUAAACGGGUUUUAAACUCGUCUGUUAAAAAGUUCUGAUUUUAUUAACGAAGCAGAAAAUCAAGAGAAAUAAAUAAUUAAGUUGAAAAAC